AUGGCGGCCGCCCGCGCUCAGGCAACUACCGCCGCUCACAACUCACCCCUCGCUCCUUCCCGUCCAAGAACCCUCACAUCGACAUAUACCCUCCCUAAUGGCCCUUGUACACAUCGCGAUCUCGCCUUCGGUUCGUGCGGGUGUAAUCAAUUCUGGGACGUAAGCAACGCCGACGUCCAUGUUGGUAGCACCGGGCAGGGCGCGAGCAAUGAGCGCUCUACAUAUUGCGUAUGCGGCCAUCAUGCUUGCUUCCAUCUACAGACCCCGCGCAUAGAUGAUGCUCUUGAUACCCAUAUGGCAGAGGCGCAGAACCUGAACUCAAUAGAACGUGAUGGACCAAAUUAUAUCAUGCGACCUUCGUCGCAGACUGACCAUGUCCAACAAGGCAUGCUCAAUCACAUGGUGGGACCGUUGAUACAAUCAGCGGACCCCCUUCAUACCAGAGAUGAACAACCCACCGCUCCUCCACUUGAUGUAUCUGGCUUGCCUCGAGUACCUUCCGUCUGUCUUCUGUCACACGAGAGACGGGAACGUCACGCACGAGCUAAUAAUAUAGGUAGGCUGGUGAGCGAUGACACUUCCCAGGCGCGUCGAGAUUUCGCUGGUCUCGGCCUCUCGUUGUCAAAUCUGGGGAAUGAACAGCACGCUACCGAUCUACACCUUUCUACCUUGCCCACUCUGCCCAUGCCGGCGCCAGUGGUCUUGAAUGCCCCAGAAUCUAUCGACGAACCAGAGAUCUCCCCUUCGACUAGAGCCAAUUCCGUCCUUGACCCAAACAGCUCUACCGGUAACCCUACAGGCCAUCCCACAGGUCGGCCAAAUCCGUGGCCCCUACUCCCGUCUAUAGAUGUUGGCGGAGAUACGAUCCCCGACACAUAUAAUCCAGACGAAUUCAUUCAGAGUGCCACGGAAGUGGCAACGCCCAGUGCCGCAAAUACACCCGACUUGGGAAUCGCCGACCAAGCCGUUCACGAGGGAAAGAGGUUCGUGGAAACCUUAGCAAAGCUGAUGCCAAACACAGAGCAGAGGAACGUCGCGGAUCUUAAACAGGAUAACUCGGCGUCCGUCCAGGUCGCGACCAAAUUUCCCUCCAAUUCCCCGAUCCAUGCGCAACUACAACAUGCUCUCAGGACAGGGUCCCCUCAGACUCUACAAAAGAUAGCGGCAUAUCUCGCGCCGUUGCACAACCUUUUGAACUCGAUGCCCAAUGUCGCGAACGCAAUGAGAGAUUUGACCAAUCGCCUGGACUAUCUGGAAAAUAACUCCUUCAAUCAUGUGCAGCCUGAUGACUUCCACACUACGAUGGAUCUGUACGAUGGGAGGCUUCUUGAACUCGAACAUCGCAUGGACGAUCAUGACAAGAUGCAUCAAACCAUCGAUACCGAGCAGGGAAGCGGAUCAUUUCCGCGUCGCAACAUCACCUCAGUCACGGAGUCUUUCGGAUCAAACAAUUCGUUCUGUUCGACUACGUCUUCGGCCAUGAUUCUUGCUGCCAUGGAUCGCAAGGGAAUGGAGAGCGAACUCGGCGAGAUCAAGGAACGUCUAGACAUCCUGGAAGCGGCCGCCCAGCCCACUAUGAGCAACUCGUGGGAGGUCGAAGUCGUAUUGCUCCCUUGGGGAACUGAACUCCAUGGUAUCUGGUUUCCCGCGGAUGAGCCAAUGCAUGAUCCUACCAAGGCAAUCACCCAGAAUUCCGAAGAGUGGACGCAGGCGAUCGCUUCAGUGCACGGCCAGCGCGUAGACAACUCCCAAAGCAUGGUCGAUCCAAGCACGACCACGAGCGACGGGCAAGUCAUCCCAUCAAAUUUCCCAAGCAGUCAGGAGUCAAAUGCUUGGGAUGCUCAGGCUAUCACCGAGUGGGCAACAGGUCCCGCUGACGAGUGGCUAUUCCCUAAGGCCUGCGGGAGCAAUAAUCUGGUCUACAAAAGGCUUCAAAGUCGAGGCUUCAUCAAGAACGUGACGCUCACGAGUUCAAACUCCAAGGACAUCCAAGCUGCACUCACAACAGCUUUCCGCGACUUGGUUGAGCUUCUGGAGUACGACGGCCAAGACAACUCGAUCGUAAGUUUGCAUCCAGGCCUGCUGGCGACCUUCAUUCCACUUCGAAAGGUCGUGAAAUCAUCCAGGCUUGAAUUUCUCGCGCCGUCAGAGAUGUCCACGUCUGCAUUAUGGUCAACGCAAUUUCUUGCCGCCGGGGUCAUGAUGCGCGUUUCUGGUGGAAAGAAGAGGCUGUACGUUACACAACGAGAGGCGUACAUGCAGCAUAGCGAUUAUGAGGAGGUUUCAUGGACCUGGCAACAGCUACGACAACUUCCUCGGCACCAGCCAGACAUGGACUCACAGAUGGAGGGAAAUGAUGAGCACUGCCAGCCACGCGUUGAGGAGGCAGACGCGAAGGAAGCCUGCUGGGCUUACGUCGAAGCAUACGACGCUCCUCCUCCCAGCGUAAACGAAUCCUUCAGCAGCCACCAAUCGGCCCCGAUGGAAUUGUCGAUGCGGCCUGCCGGCAGGGAAUGGCGAAGGUCCAUCACCCCUACCUCAAUUCUGAAGGUCCGCCAGCAGCAGCCGCUGUCUCCUUCCAGUGGACGGUAUCUCACCCGGCCGAUGCAAGCUCGGCCUCGUACGGCAUCUACCUCUGUCCUUGAAAGGAAUCUCUCUGGCAUACAGAAAAGACGUCUCAAUUCGUCCCCCGUCAAGCAACAUUCGGCGCCGCAAUCAGUCUGGCGCACUCCUAGCGUUUCUACUUUACGACCGAAACGCAGGCGAAUCCUUCGCUCCUCAUCAUCACCAUCUGGGCAGGUUGCAGGGUUGGGCGGCACUGAAGAUAUCUUGGAGAAAGACAAACCUCGUCCGUCACGUGAACUACCAUCGCCAUUGUCGUCAUCCCAUCCCGCACUUCCAAGGACUAGUUCUGAUAUAACGAGCCGGAGCCAACGCUCUGUGGCUAUAGUGGGAAGGACUACACCAUUUGCGUAUGCCACGCCAUAUUCGGGUCCAGUAAGUGGUGGCCGGCCAAAAUUUGGCGGUUUCGACGACCAUCCUGGUGAUACGGAACCUGAUGAUGAUGAUUACGACGGCAAUGACGACGACGACAGCGGCGAGGAUGACAUCAGUUGGGAUGGCGUCGAUGACGACGGUCACAGCGACAUCGCAGCAACCUCGACUUCUGGAUCAGACCUACACACUCGCGGGCUCAACGACCCUGCCAGCUUUUCCAGUGACGAGAGUGGUUUCGGGAGUGAGAGCAACCAGGAGGACAGCGAUGCCGACGCUGUCGAUGUCAACAUGCGUGCUCCCGAAGGCGAUGACGAUAACAAUGGGUUCGGUGCCCAACGGCAGACAGACGGCGAGGAGGAAGAAGAUGUUUUCGAUGCUCUUUUGGGCGUACUUGAGCGUUGA